AUGGUUUCCUCGCGCUUCAUUGGCGUGUCGUUCCGCCGAGGGAUCCGCCGGGUCCCUAUUGACGACAAGGGUAUGCAGCGAUAUGCUCGAGUCGAGUACAUGGCCCUAUUCAUCGCCGAGCCGGCGCUUGAGCGCCUCGACCCCCCGCGCCAUAUGCGCCUCGUCCCCGUCACCGGCAGCGAAACGACCUCCUCCGACCCCGACAUGGUCGGCUGGAAUGGCCUCCCUGCCGAGCUCAAAGCCCUGACCCUCAGCUUUGCCAUCGCCGCGGCGCAGCAGAAACCAAAGGCCCACCACCUCGCCUCCUACGCCGUCGUCUGCAGAGACUGGCAGGACGCCGUCGAGCCCGCCAACUUUGCCUCGCUGCGCGUCACCGCCGGCGACCUCGCCGAUUUCGUCAGCCUCGUCGUCGGCCCGCGUCGACGCUACCUGAAGCACCUGCUGCUGGGCAUCGAGCUGCCCAAGUACAACAAGAAAAAGGCCAGGGUGCCCGAGACGGAUGACGAGCAGACCGACAACGACAUUGCUUUCAGCACCACCAUCCUCAGCUUGUUCCACGAGCUCGCCGCCUGGAAGGCCGAGGAGAGCCAUGGGCUCGAGGUCGAGCUGUGCGCGCGCUCGCCGAGCGACACGCUGGCCAUGUCAGGCGCCGCCGGCAUCACGGAGGAGGGCGAGUCGCGGUACUUCGACUCGCACCUCGACUUCUCCUUCAUCGACACGGGCUGGAUCGGCCAGCACGGCCUGCCGAGCGUCGACGUCAUCACCAAGCUCUCCAUCCUCCGCCGGUGCUGGCGCAACAUUGAUUCCAUGGCCGUGCUCACCCUCGUGUCCAGUCUGCCGCGCCUGGCCGAGGUGCGGUAUGAGCCGUUUCAGCAGUUUGACGACGGCGCGCAAGAGGUGAUUGACAUGGAUCGCGCGAGGUUUCUCCCCUUUUGGCCCGAAACGAUCCGCCGCCUGAGCCUGUUCGAGCACUUUGACCACCCUGAAGACGAGCCGCAGCAACGCCUCGUCCUACACCCGGACGGUACUGUGAUCCCUGACGACGACGACGGCUUCGAGGACGAGGACGACCUCGACCCCGCCGGCGGCAACCCAGGCGACGCCGCGAGCCAGCACGACUCGGCCGAUGAGGGCGAGCCGCGCACGUGCGCCGCCCUCGCCAUCACCAUCGCCCGCCGCAGCCUCCAGCUCGAGGAGCUCGCCGUGUCCUUCAUGGCCGACGCGCGCCACUUCUUCCAGCCCUUCUUCGAGGUCCGCGCCGCGCGCACGCCCGAGCUCCUCCCCCACUGGCCCCGCCUCCGCUGGCUCACCCUCACCUCGUCCGCCAUCCACUACGACGAGGACCCGGACCAGCUCAACGCCCUCUUCCUCGCCGCCGCCCGCGCCGCCCGCCGCAUGCCCGCCCUGCGCGCCCUCGAGCUCUACAGCGUCUGCAAGCACAGCGGCGGCGUCUUCCGCUACGUCGUCCGCGGCGGCCACGCCACCCUCGCCUGGGAGGGCACCUGGGACUUUGUCCUCGGCGAGGGCGUCAAGCGCGCCUGGCGCGAGGUCGCCCGCGCCAACGCCGCCGCCGACCUGCACGUCGUCCCCGAGCUCACCCUGCCCCGCUAUGAGGGCAUGUUCAAGUUCAUCCACACCAACCUCUGGACGAGGGAGAUGGUCCUGCACGGCGUGUCGUCCCUCGAGGUCCUCAGGAACAAGGCCGUCCUGCCGCCUGCGCAGCUCAAGCUUAAGUAG